AUGCCCAGCAAGAUCGGUAAAACAAGACCCAACCAUGGAUCCAAUCAUGGACCCAAGCACUCUAGCUCACUUCAAUCAUUAAGCGACUACAUUGCUUCUGCUGUAGAUAAUGAGCCCAAUUUGACAAAUAAUCUCAACCCUACUCACAAUUGCUCUACUAGUGUUGACACUAGAUUGUACCCAACUAUUGAUCCAAUAGCUGAUGAAAAAUUGGCCGCUAAAACUAAUAGUAUGAGCAUGAAUAACCAAGACAACAUUGAAUUGUUGGAUAAUGAGCUGACCAAUAACCUCAACAUACAAGACAUGUCAGUUGAUGAAAUUGUUGGUAAAACUUUUCUCAAACACAAUAAUGCUAAACUAGAUACAAACAGAACUCUUCUUGACACUGAUCAGAUUUUAGAAAUUGUAUCUGUUAUUGCUAGCCCACACAACCCUAUGACCUUAAAUUUCCAACAUGUUGUAAAAGCCACUCUCAGAAUACUCUCUGAUGACAUUAAAUACGAAAUCACCACAGAAAGAAAGGCUUUUAAAAACCAUAAGGACAGAAAACAUGUUUGGGAUAGUAAUGUCCAACAAGACAAUGAAGAAUUCAACAUCAAUGACAUAGCAGUGAAGGAAAUCACUCCUACCAGAUAUAUUGCUGUUAGAUAUAGCAAAAUAUUUGAAGAGAAUGAGGUAAUUGAAUUAAUUAAGGUCAACCUUAGUGGCAAAUAUAUCACCAUCAAUCCGAUUAUUAAGCUCAAUAAUACCAUAAUUGUCACUAUUGAAGAUUGCGCUCAAGUAGAACAGGCUGUUGAAACAUUACGUACAAAAUUUAAAGAAGUCAAUAUCACUUCAUCAUGUGAAAACGACACCAACAAAAUUAUACGUGUCCAUAAUAUUCCAAUAGGAGAACUAUGGAAAACUAUAGUCAAGGCAGAUUGGAGGAAUGCAAUUGAAAGCGAUACUGGUGAACCCAUUGUUGAAAUUGCUACAGCUAGAAUUGGUAAAGAAAUGGCAGCAGUGAUCACUGUCAAAAGUAUGAAAGCCAGAAAUAAUCUAUGUAAGGCAAAAACAUAUGAUAUCACUAUUCCUAGAACAGAGGAAACAGUCACUAUGAAAAUCGACAUACCAUUCAACUAUGCAAUGGAUGUGCAAUACUCUGACAUCAUUGGUAGAUGGCCUGAAAGAAAUGAUUUGAUUAGAGCUAGAAUACAAACGGAAUCCUCUCUUGCCAGAAAAUACAAUAAUGACCAACCUAUUAGUAAACCAUGCUGCAUGAAUGAAUGGACAUUGGAUUUUGCUCUCAAUUAUCCAAUGCUAGAAGAUUUCCUGGAAAAGAAACCUGAUACAGUUCACAAAAUUUCACAAAAUUUAGGCAGAUCUUCUAAAAUUGCAGCGAAAGACGUUUCCUUUACUCUUGAAAAAGUGCAACAAGAUCACCUAAAAGAAAUCAUGAGAAUUGAAGCUUCUAUGGAUAAAAGAAUUUCAGAACUUGAGGCAAGACAGAAUCAGAAAUUGGCUAUGGCAUUUAAGGAAAUGGCUAAUAUUAUCAGAGCAAAUAAUGAAGAAUUAAUGAUUACCAAUAGAAUUGCUACUCUAACAUUUCUGUCUGGUUGUACAAAAGAUAAUACCAAGAGGAAGAUAUAUCAAGAGGAAAUUGAUGAGUGUCACAAAAAGCUAAAACUACUUGAUUCACUUCAGAAGUUAAAAGCGUCUACAUUGGUCCAGAUUUUCCCCUCUAUAUAUUAUUCUUCAUUUACAUAUUAUCACAAUCCAAGAGAUUCCUGUGGUGUAUCUAUUUGCCUCAACAAAAGCACUUUCAAAGAUAUUGAAGAAAUCAUCUUAGAUCCGAUCAUUAAGAAUAACGCGCGAAUUAUUGGCGUGAAAUGUAAAAUCAAUUCAAUUAAUACUCUAGUAAUUUCUGCGUACUUUCCAAAUCAACCAGCUGACAGAUGUGAAUUCGCAUAUAUUCUUGACAACCUAAUUGAAAAAUAUCCUAACUACAAAAUCAUUAUUGGAGGUGAUUACAAUGCGAUUUUAUCCGAGAAUCACUCCUCAAACGAAUCUAGAAGAACUGAUCAAAACAUACUAGAUCUUAUUAACAAGAGAAAUCUUAAUUACUAUCCUUUCCCUCAUUUAUCAUGGCACCUUCAUUAUACUAUUAACAAACAAUCCAAGUCUAUAAUAGACUACAUAUCCACAGAUUUUCCAAUUGCAUCUGGAGAAGUACUGAAUGCCAACUUCAUAUCAGAUCACAAAAUGGUUAAAAUUCUACUUGACCUCUCAUGUCAACGAACACCUUUGUUAAUUCGGAAGAAGCGUAACUUUCAAGAUCCCAAAAAUAAGAAAGAAGUGCUGGCCUUUAGCAAAGAAUGUGUAUCUCAAGUUAAGAAUUUAGAAUCUGAUAACGACAAAUGGCUUUUCAUUUGUGAUAAACUAGGCUACAAAUUUGUGGAGGUCAAUCCACCUAAACUUGAUCCUAAAAUCUACAAAUAUAAUAAGCAAUAUAAGAAGCUCAUGUUAAUACUUGAUAGAAAUGAGCACGGAUAUCCUUGUGACAAACUUUUGACCACUAUUGGUAAAACUUUAGAACAGGUUCCAAAAUGUCUUGCAAGUGUCAAAGAGAAAAUCAAGAACCAUAUCAAAUGGAGCCAUGAUAAGGCUUUGAACAGAAAGAUGAAAUGGUGGGAACAAAACUAUGCAAUCAACUCUAAACAUCUGAGAAAUAAAAUUUACAAAACGUCAUCACCACCAUACAAAUUAUCUAUCGACGGAACUGAAAUUAGUGACCCCAAUGAAGUUGCCAAUGUGAUCAAGGACAAAUAUCAACAAAACCUCAACUUUAGAGGAAGAAAUCAUCAAAUUGACAUUACCAAGUUUUUCAAGUACAAACAUUCAUUAAUUGAUAAUUGCAAUGACAAAAUACUCGAUAGAAUUACCACGGAAGAGAAAGAAUGGAUAAUUCAGAAUUUGAAAUCCACAGCACCCAAUGAACUAGGUUUAAGACAAAAAACUAUCAAAUACAUGUGUAAGGAAUUACAGGAGGAAAUUUUUCAAAUUAUUGAAAAUAUCAUUACAACUGGAUUUACUCCUGAAUCUAUGCAAAGUGUCAGCAUUCUCCCAAUUCACAAAAAGAAUAAGGACCACUCAAACCCUGCUAACUAUAGACCUAUUGCCCUUAUGGACUCAGGACUUAAAAUAGCUACUAAAUUAAUCACCAAAAGAUUGAAGGAAGUGUUAAAGGGAAGAUUAUCAUUAGCUCAAUUUGGUGGUGAAGACGGCAGAGAAACUAUUCACAGAGUCCUUUCAAUUUACAAUAUGAUUGCUUGGGCAAAAAAGGACAAGAAACCUUUUUAUGCUUAUGACUCAUUACCGAGAAUUAUGCUUCGUGAUGGACUGCUAUUCUUAGGGAUUGAUGAAAUUACUGCUGAUGGAAUUCUGGAAAUAUUAGGUGAAUCUACGACAAAGUUUGUUAUACCUAAUGGUAAAUCUGAAUGUUUCAAUGUGAAAGAUGGAUUGAAACAAGGCGACACCUUCUCUCCCCUUGCAUUCAAAAUUGCGCUUGAGCCUCUCUUACAAUUUUUAGAAAUAACAUAUAAUGGUGCUAGUGUUGCAAAUUAUUGGAACAUUAGUACAGGCGCAUGGAUUGAUGAUUUGAACUCAUUUUCCAACGAACUACCUGAAAUUGAAAAUUCUUUGCAUGACAUUGAAACCUAUCUUCAUGGCUAUCACAUGGAAUUAGAUCAUUCCAAAACUAACCUCUUCUCUGAUAAGGAAUGUAGUAUCAAGACAUUAUCUGGAAGUACGAUCAAAAGUAAUGAUUCUAUUAUUAUACUUGGUAAUAAUAUUACCAAUAAUACUGAGGAACAAAAGAAAUACACUACUUCAAUUAUUGAAGAAGUUAAAAGAAGAACUAACUCUAUUGGCUGGAAUUUUCCAAUACAGAACAUUGUCAAAAUUAUCAACACAGACAUUGUUCCGUAUGCACUGUACCACCUAAUUCCUCUUGCUAAUGACCAUCUAGAGAAACAAAUUGAUAAAUUCUUUCGCAACUUUAUAUGUGAAAGAUUAAGAACCAAGAGAAAAUUAGCUCUCGAGUGGUUUUAUACUCAUCAAGACAAAGGUGGACUUGGAUUAAUUUCUGUGCAAGAAAUGAGUUACUCGGACCUAAUGUGUAAAGUCAGAAAGUUCCUUGAACAAUAUGAUAUUUGUCUUGGAUCUUCUACAAGAUUCCUUUGUGAACGAAUCAAACAGGAGCAUGGUUUUGACAUCCUCAAUGAUCCAAUCCCUACUUGGUAUAAACCAGACCCAUGGAUUCCUCAAUAUCUCAAGAGAAUAAUUUUCAUGAACAAAUCUUCCAAUAUUAGAUUGUGGCAUUCGAGUGACCAAUGGCAUGAAAAAACUCUCAUCCCUUAUGGAAAAUUCCCUAAAGGUUUAAGACAAUUCCUGCUCUAUAAAGAUUGGAACAGAUUAAGUAUGUGGGUUCCUGACCCUAAAAAUUUACAAGUGAAAUUACAUAAUGACAUCAAACAUUCCAAUCAUGUCACCCAAAUUCGCAACAUUCUCAAUAGCAUGGAUUUUGGAAAAAUCAAAGACGAAAGCAAAUACUACAAAUAUGUUGGUAACAACACAUCCAUGUCAAACCUCUUGAACAAAGCUACACUAAUUGGUACUGACGGAUCGUGUAACAAUAAUAUUGCUGGAUACCGUAUUGUAACUGAUCAGAAUGUUUCCAUCUCAAGUCACACCUUAGGACAAGGAACUUCCUACAACAGUGAAGUUCAAGCGCUCCACACAGUUGUUAGAUUGCUAGAUAACAACACUCCUAGAACAAUAGUCAUAGAUGCGAAAAGUAUUUAUGACCAACUUUUCCAAUUCAGAAAAUCUAGAGAUCCUUAUGUUGAAGAAAUUCGUAAUUAUUUAAAAAUGAAGGAUCAGAUCAAAAUUAUGCAUGUUAAUAGUCAUACAGGUAAACAAGAUAUCUAUAGCCGCAUAAAUGAAUUAGCAGAUAGGGCUGCUAAGAAAGGUGCUGAUUGUAACAAUAUUCUUACUAAUAUUCCAUCCAAUAAUUGGUAUAUUAUUAUCAACAAUGUAUUAUACACUCAAAACACUAGACAAACAAUGUACAAACUUCUAUUUCAACGCCUCCACAAAAGAACAUAUACGCCAAAGAACCUUCCUCCCAAGAACAGAAAGUUCACCAACAUUUACCCCUCAAUAGGAAUCGGUUUCAGAACCUUAAAUCUAAUAUUUAAAAUUAGAAUGAACGUGAUGAAGACUUUGGAAAAUUUAAACAAGAUAUCCAAGACGAACUUGCUAUGUCCUUGCUGUAGUAGAGAGACAAUGCAACACAUUAUUUUUGAAUGUAAAUACUUUUGUGAUAUAAGAAAAGAAAUGUUUAGGAAUUUAUAUAAUAUCUCAAUAUAUGCAAAGAAUAACAAGAAGUUCUCCAAACGACUAUUGUACCUCAUCAAGACUAAACAAGAUAUCCAUAGCCUAACAGGUGCUAAAGUUGGAUUGGGUAAGAAAUGGGACAAAGUAUUUACUAAGGAAGCUUAUCGAUCUAUUACUAAAAUGUGGAUGAAACGAAAUCAUUUUUUCAUGGAAGAAUUGAAACUCACCUGGAAUGAAUUUGAACAACAAUACGAUUUUAAUCCUAAUUUCAUUGAUUUGAACAAGUUUAAACUAUACAUGAAAUACCCACGACCAUGA